ACAGUUUAAGGACAACAAGUAAAUACAUCUUGGCAAUAAACAAAAAUUUCUUGACACACAUUUGUUGUAGGCAAAAAUUAUUCCAAAAAAAAUAAUAACCAUAUAUAAGGACCAUGUUCUCGUUUGUCUUUUGGAGGAACGAGGCCAAGAGGAACCCGCGCGAGAAUGUCUCGCAAAUCUGGAAGGAUUUGAAUGCAACAUUUGUGACCUUCCUCGGCUGGAGCUGGUUGAUUUAUACCAUUGCAGUCAUAGUCAUCUCCAUUUGCGGUUACUUCGCCUACUGCGAGAGCUGCCGAAGAACUGAGAUUGUCCGACGCAGACGAGUCAUUCAGCGAGCCCAGGAACGACCACCUCAGAAGCGUCGUCCGAAUGCUGCAUAUCGCGAUCAUCAGAUCUAUCGGCACAUCAUCCUCAGCGUGGCCAAGUACAUGAAGAAUCCAGAGGGAGUGCGGCCCUUCAUCGACCACAUGGACCAUCUGUAUCCGCUGCGGCACUCUCAGGCCGAAAUGCAAUUGAACAUUGGCCACUCUGCCAUCGAGGCGAAUGCCGGUGCAGUGGAUUGAGCAAGAAGAGAGCUUUUGUCACCUGCUGCUAUUUUGAUUCUAUUUUCAUUCAUUUUCGUUCAAAUUAUCGAACAGACCAAUUUAACCUGUAAAUUUUGAUAACCGCCCUUCGCCCCCCCUUUUAUGCCAACCAUCAUACUGUUUAAACGAAUACAAAAUUAAAGACAGA